AUGAACAAAGAGGCCUUUGAACGGCUUCCUCAGGAAAAGAAGAAGAUCAUAGAAACAGCGUACUUCAGUGCUGUGAGGAAGGAAAUAUCCGCGUCCCAGUUUUUUGGAGUUUGUAAAGAAGCACUAACCAAAGAUCAGUUUGAAAGUCUGUUUUCAAACAACACGCCUAACAAGGAACAGCAAGAAGAAAUGAAGACAGAGCAUCUUCAAGAUAUUAUACAGUACUCCGGAGUAGAUUUGAAAGAAGAAGCGGAGCAUAUUGUCAGAGAGACAGAGACAAACAUCAACUUUGGAGAAUACGAAGAAGAGGAUCUAAACAAUCAGAUAGGAAGUCUGCUAAAUAUACCUCUAUUCAGAGAGUUUGUAGCUAGGAUUGGAAACUCAAGAAGAGUAGGGAUUAGUGAAGAGUCGUUUUUUCUUCUUUUUCAAGUUGUUAAGAGGAAGAUACUUGAUAUUGUGGAGAAGAUGGAGGAAUCUAGCAAAUGGAGGGUUGAGUACAACCUGUCUGAAUUUAUAAUAAGGAUAAAUAACGACCUUAGCAGACAGCUAUGGUGCCUCGAACAGAUAGAAAAGGCAGAACUUGAAAAGUUUACCAUUCGAAAGGGAGAGGAGGAAGGAAGGAAGAAGGUUAAAAAAACGAUUCAGGAAAGAGAGGAUCUGGUGAUUAAGAAAAGGUUGAGUAAUACGGUUGCACUGGCGGCUCUUGGAAUCCAACAAAAGUCUUGGAUGAGUGCAGAAGACGUCCGGGUGAAUGAAGAGAGUACAACCUUCAAUUCGAUCUACUCGCCGUUUGAUGAAAAAGCAUUGGAGAGGAAAGUUGUAAACAGAACCAUAACGAUGAAGGACUUUUUAUAUGUAUUGGAAAGAGAUAGGCGAUAUAACAAAUCUAUUUUUACUAUCCAACAUUAUUUCAGAUAG